AUGUGUGGUUUCUUUUUGUCUUUAUUUUCUUUCAUCUCUUUUUUUAACUUCUUAUUUUCUAGUAUAUCAUUAUUUUUCGCAUUCUUUCUUUUUUCUUCUACUCGUUAUUCUUUUUUCGCUUCUCUCACCUUAUCUCUCAUUUUUGUCUUUUUUCUCUUUCAUUUUUUGCCAGUUUUUUUUCUCGUCUACAUUUUCUCGCUUCCUUUUCAUUCUUCUUUCUUUUUAUCCUAUCUUACAUCUUUGUAUUUCUCUCUCUUUUUUCUUUCACUUUACCAUUUUCUUUUUUUUUCUCCUUCUUUCCAUUUUUACCUAUUAUUUCCUUCCCUUCCCCCCAUCUCCUUUUUUCUCUCUUUUACUCAAUAUCCAUUUCUCUCAUCUCUUUCCUCUUUCAUUUUCUCUUCAAUCCUCCCCACUUUCUCUUCCACACACACAUAUAUUUGUAUAGAGACAUAUCUAUCUAUCUAUCUAUCUAUCUAUCUAUCUAUCUAUCUAUCUAUCUAUCUAUCUAUCUAUCUAUCUGUCUGUCUUUUAGGGUGUGCUAAAAACUUCUUGCCUCAGACACAGUGGCCAUCAAUUUCAUUGCGGAGCCGACUGCCUUAUUUUUUCUUACUGGCCUGCCCUUCAAAACUUGUCUUUCUUUCUUUCUUUCUUUCUUUCUUUCUUUCUUUCUUUCUUUCACUCAAAUUCGUUCUUUCAAUCAUUCACAUUCUGACACUCUCUUUCUGA